AGAAAGGUAAGUGUCAUGUGAUCUUAAUGACGUAUAGACAGGUUAUAUUUAGUUUUAAGACCAAGAAGACAUCCGCCAUUACUGUUUUAAGUCAGAUCCAAAGGCUUAAAAAUCAUGAACCCCAAAACCAGUGCCCAGGAUGUAUUGCGAUGUGACCUGUGUGAGACUGCUGUGGUACAGAUCCACUGUGAUACAUGUCUGGACAACCUGUGUUGGGCCUGUGUGGGAGACCAUGCCUCAGCUGAUCUUUCAAAUCCCCACAAAAUUGUUGACAUCAAGAACAGAAAAUUUACCACCCUCUUCCCUGGGUGUGCAAUUCAUACCCCAAAACGUUGUAAAAUGUUCUGUAACCAAUGUGCCGUUCCUGUUUGCAGCAAAUGCCUCUCAUCUGAUCGACAUCUAGGUCACAAACUAUCAGAAAUAUUGCAACUUCUGAAUGAAACAAAGGACAAAAUCAUCAAGGAACAUACUGAAUUAAAAGGAACAAUUUAUCCCACCUACGAGGACAUUGAAUCUGAUAUACAAAACAGAAUGAGCCAGAUAGAAAAGGAAUAUGCGGAUCUUUCGGUAGACAUCUCACAACAUAGAAAAAGCUGGCACAGAAAAAUUGAUAAACUUAUCAAUAAACUUGAAGCUGAAGUUGAUAAGACGAAGAGGACACAAUUACAAACUCUACAGAAACAACUGGAUGAAAUUAAGCAGAACGUAUCUGAAAUCAAAAAAGAAAUAAAUUUACUUGAAGAUACUUUGGACUCUCAAGAUAUUUCCGUACUUUUCAAUGUUAAAUUCAAUGCUGAAGAAUACAGAAAACUUCCAGAAAGAAUCCUACCUUUGGUACCAAAAUUCACACCAGAAAAUUUCCCAGAAGAUGACGUUUUAAAAUUGAUUGGAGCUUUAUCAACAGGUUCUCUGACAUCAGAUGCACAUGGCUACAGCAUGAAGACAACACAGAAAUCACCAAAAGCUGGAUCCUCUCCUCCAGUUAAACAUUUUCUUGAUGAACCAGAGAUAGUUACAACCAUAGACACUGGGUAUGAAUUCCUUUACAAAGUGGUCUGUCUGAAUGAUGAAGAAAUCUGGAUAUGUAAAGAUUGUGAGUACAUGAAACGUAUCAACAUAUAUGGGAAAUCAGCAGGCAAGACAAUCAAAUCAAAAUCUGGGGACGUGCCAUGGGACAUAGCAGUGACAAAAAGCGGAGAUCUAGUUUAUGCUGAUUACAUUGAAAAUACUGUGAACAUUGUGAAGAAUGAGAAGAUAGAGGAGGUGAUCCGACUACAGAACUGGAAACCUACAGGUGUCUGUUGCUCCUACACCGGAGAUUUGCUUGUUUUAUUGAACCAUCGUGAUGAUUACACACCAUCAAAAGUUGUCCGAUACAAUGGCUCCUCCGAAAAACAAAGCAUUCAGUUUGAUGAUGAAGGUAAUUCUCUCUUUUCUGGUGCAUCUCAUAUCCAAAUAACCGAGAACAGGAACUUGGAUAUCUGUGUCUCUGAUUAUGGAAGCCAAGCAGUAUUGGUGGUCAAUCAGGCUGGGAAACUGAGAUUCAUAUAUAUUGGACAUUUUCCCGCUCCUAAAAAAUUACCAUUUAUACCACGAGGAAUCACUACAGACAGUCAGGGUCACAUUCUUACAGCUGAUUCUUACAAUCAAUGCGUCCACAUCAUAGACCAGGAUGGACAGUUCCUCCGUUUUAUAAUAUCUGAAUUGUGUGAUCCACGGGGAAUUUGUACAGACAAUAAUGAUAAUCUGUUUGUGGCUGAAUUAAUGCCCAGACUUGUGAAGAAAAUUAAAUAUCUGCAGUAAGAUAUAUCACCGAUGUAUUUACACAUGUAUCAUAUUUUUCUGUUAAGAUACUAUGUGGCCAAAGUUAGAUUAUCAAAAAGCCUGGUGAUUUUAUUCUCUGAUGUCUGUCACCUUCUUAUAUCCCAGCACUAGAAUUAUCUGAUCAAAGGCCAACUGGAAUGAAAUGUAUUUACACAUGUAGCAUAUUUUUCUGUUAAGAUACUA